GGACUCAAUACGCUCUUUCCACUGGUCAAGAACCAUUCUGUGCCUUUAUUUCCGGAAGUACAUCUUCAGAUUGUCAGAGUUCCCAGAUCCAAGGUUCGUAAACAUCACUUCCACAAUAUUGUACAAUCUAGCUUAAUGGUCCAUCAUGAAAAAUAUCUGAAUUUUGUGGUUUUAGAUUUUCGAUAUUGUUAGUCCAUUAGGCAAUUAACAAGCUAGAUGCCAAGUUGUUAACGUUAGCAAGCUAGCUAGCUAACGUUAGUUGGAGUUGCUGCUGUCACAUUUGGAUAGAGCUUACGUAACAAACCACUUAUUGAUAUUCACGUCAAUGUAUUUUUGGUAUCUAGUAACAUUAUACGAACAAUGUGGUGAGGAAGAUGUUUACAAUAGCUACGUCGUCUUGCAAUAUGCUAUCCCGACUAGCCUAAAUGGAAACGAAUGUUAGCUAGCUACCUACGCUUAGCUAUUGUAGCUAGCUAACUAUUUGUGUGCUAGCUAGGCCAUCAGUGCACCAGACAGUCAGUUGAUGGUUGUCAUCAAGGCACAGCCAGCAAUUAAGAUAUGUUUACUGUCAUAACAUAAGUCUUUUAUUUGUAGCUAAUCAAGCCAUUAUAUGUCCAACUAUUUAUGUAGUGAAUUGUUAAUGGAUAUCCCUGUGCUUCAUCUAGCAGACAUCCAUCUUUUACCAUCCAAGCCACAGAAUGACUCAUUGGUUCCACCGAAACCCAUUGAAAGCAACUGCACCUGUCUCCUUCAACUUCUAUGGAGUUGCUGGAAGCCCAUCAGCAAACAAGAUAUGCAAGUAUGUACACUUUGCCAUUGAUAUCCAUUCUUAGUAUGGCAAUUGAAAACAUGUUUGCUUACAUUUAUAUCCGCCUCAUCAGUGACUUGAGAACAACAAGGGCAAGACUCUUGGAGAUGUUCACAGAUACCACCUGCAAUCCCGAAAUCAUGAAAAAUGCCACCGAUGCUUAUUUCUCCCUCUUACAAGGUGAAUUUCUGCUGUUUGUUUGUGCCUUUUCUCCUCUGUCUUUAGCCGGGCUCACUGUUUUGUAGUGUUUUUGUUUGGUCUUUUAGCUACACUCAGUUCAUCAUGCUGAACUAUUUUCCUUUUGUUGUUAUUAACAAGUAGUUGUUGGUCUCUUGAUUGACAUGACACAGGAUUCAUUUCAUCUCUGGAUGGCACCACACAAGAGAACAAGCUUCGGUUCAUGCAGAACUUCAAGUGGACUGACACUUUGCAAGGAAACAUCCCAAGGUAAAGGCUUCUAGCCCAUAGGUGGUUUCACAGAGGUGGUUGGUUACCUCCAUCAGCCCCACAGUCAGAGCUCCACAGUCCACACAUACAUUUGAGUUACAAUAGUCUUGGUUCUUUUGUAUUUCCUGCUGACCAUGUUUUAUAAAUGUGACAGAGCGGCUCGAUUCGGUCUUAUGUAGCAAAAUGUGAAAUUAUGUUUUUUACAUUGGAUUAAAGUAAAGACUCAGAGCUAGACAAUGGUACAGUGGGGAGAACAAGUAUUUGAUACACUGCCGAUUUUGCAGGUUUUCCUACUUACAAAGCAUGUAGAGGUCUGUAAUUUUUGUCAUAGGUACACUUCAACUGUGAUAGACGGAAUCUAAAACAAAAAUCCAGAAAAUCACAUUGUAUGAUUUUUAAGUAAUUAAUUUGCAUAUUAUUGCAUGACAUAAGUAUUUGAUACAUCAGAAAAGCAGAACUUAAUAUUUGGUACAGAAACCUUUGUUUGCAAUUACAGAGAUCAUACGUUUCCUGUAGGUCUUGACCAGGUUUGCACACACUGCAGCAGGGAUUUUGGCCCACUCCUCCAUACAGACCUUCUCCAGAUCCUUCAGGUUUCGGGGCUGUCGCUGGGCAAUACGGACUUUCAGCUCCCUCCAAAGAUUUUCUAUUGGGUUCAGGUCUGGAGACUGGCUAGGCCACUCCAGGACCUUGAGAUGCUUCUUACGGAGCCACUCCUUAGUUGCCCUGGCUGUGUGUUUCGGGUCGUUGUUAUGCUGGAAGACCCAGCCACGACCCAUCUUCAAUGGUCUUACUGAGGGAAGGAGGUUGUUGGCCAAGAUCUCGCGAUACAUGGCCCCAUCCAUGCUCCCCUCAAUACGGUGCAGUCGUCCUGUCCCCUUUGCAGAAAAGCAUCCCCAAAGAAUGAUGUUUCCACCUCCAUGCUUCACGGUUGGGAUGGUGUUCUUGGGGUUGUACUUAUCCUUCUUCUUCCUCCAAACACGGCGAGUGGAGUUUAGACCAAAAAGCUAUAUUUUUGUCUCAUCAGACCACAUGACCUUCUCCCAUUCCUCCUCUGGAUCAUCCAGAUGGUCAUUGGCAAACUUCAGACAGGCCUGGACAUGCGCUGGCUUGAGCAGGGGGACUUGUGUGCGCUGCAGGAUUUUAAUCCAUGACGGCGUAGUGUGUUACUAAUGGUUUUCUUUGAGACUGUAGUCCCAGCUCUCUUCAGGUCAUUGACUAGGUCCUGCCGUGUAGUUCUGGGCUGAUCCCUUACCUUCCUCAUGAUCAUUGAAGCCCCACGAGGUGAGAUCUUGCAUGGAGCCCCAGACUGAGGGUGAUUGACCGUCAUCUUGAACCAUUUUCUAAUAAUUGCGUCAACAGUUGCUGCCUUCUCACCAAGCUGCUUGCCUAUUGUCCUGUAGCCCAUCCCAGCCUUGUGCAGGUCUACAAUUGUAUCCCUGAUGCUUUACACAGCUCUCUGGUCUUGGCCAUUGUGGAGAGGUUGGAGUCUGUUUGAUUGAGUGUGUGGACAGUUGUCUUUUAUACAGGUAACGAGUUCAAACAGGUGCAGUUAAUACAGGUAAUGAGUGGAGAACAGGAGGGCUUCUUAAAGAAAAACGAACAGGUCUGUGAGAGCCGGAAUUCUUACUGGUUGGUAGGUGAUCAAAUACUUAUGUAAUGCAAUAAAAUGCAAAUUAAUUACUUAAAAAUCAUACAAUGUGAUUUUCUGGAUUUUUGUUUUAGAUUCAGUCUCUCACAGUUGAAGUGUACCUAUGAUAAAAAUUACAGACCUUUACAUGCUUUGUAAGUAGGAAAACCUGCAAAAUCGGCAGUGUAUCAAAUACUUGUUCUCCCCACUGUAUAUCAUACUCCACAGUUGAGGAACAAUGGGAAAAUAAUUAUGCUUUGAAACUUGUAACCCCACUUUGAGAAAAUGGCUCUUGAAUGUUUUGGUACACGUACUGGAGAGCUCUUCUUUUUCUACACCCAUUCAGCAUCGUUCACACCCUCUUAAGUUAGCCAGUUCAAAUAAUGACUAUAUAAUAGCUGACAACGUCUUAACUUUAGCUAAUUUGUAUUCAUUAUUACAGGAAAAUAAACGGACAACGAGAUCAUUAUUUACAAGUUAAUGGCGAGCUAAUUACAGAAAAUACGUUACAGUUGUGAGUGUGACAAAAUAAUACCAGAGAAUUUUAGAACUUGGACACUGUCUCGUUGGUCUAACGUUAUAUCCUAAUUUGACUUUGGUGCAGGUCAUGUUGUUCUUCACAUGACCGUCUCUGGUAAACACACACUAUAUCAAAUAAAAUCAGUGUAUUUGUCACAUGCACAGGAUACAGACGGUGUAAACGGUACAGUGAAAUGGUUACUUGCAUAGUGGAGUCUUUUGUUUAGACAUGUAGCUAGCUAGCUAGCUAGCUAAACAAUGAACCAUAAUCCCAACUCAUAAUGUUACUACCCUGCAUGAAUCUGCUGGUAGCUAAAACUAACCAACUAGGUUCAAUGUUAGCUAGCUAGCUAACAUUAGGCUAUGACUAGCAAGGCAAAUGGCUCUGAGAUACGAAUAAUAUUAAUACACAGCUAGCUAGGCUCUCUUACCCAUAUACAUGGAUGAACGCUCUGGAUGGAUGCCAUGGUUGCCCUUAGUUUGAAGAUGUAAUCCGGAGACAGGUGUUUUAACAGCCUUCUGUGUGUUCUCUUUUCGACUCCCUCCGCAUAUUUGCAAUCAAAUGCCAGAAUUUCUCCAUCUCCUUAGUUAUCAUACUCUGCUUCCACCGAACAUUCCACUUAUUUCAAAACUCGAUCCUCCAGAAAGUGGAGAGCAUUAGCUAGCAACACUUUUGCAGUUUGUUGUGAUAUCUUUCAAAAAAGCAGCGUUAGAAAAGAUUACUUACACAUACUGAGCAGCUCAUGUUAUAGACAAGCGUGGUACAUGGCAGACAUGUCGGCAUGUCCAGCCCAGCCAUUAUCUCAGCCAAUCAUGGCUAUCUGGAAGGUUCCUGUCUUUUUCCGUGGCUAAACCAACUAGGCUCGUAAUUUAACCAUUUUAUUCGUAUUUACAGAUGGCAUACAAGUUUGUUAUUAAGGCACAUGAAAGCGACAUACGCCUAGUUUCCUGAAACGAGUCACAUGUGUUAUUACAUCAUUACUCAGGUUAAACAUUUGUAUAGUGCUCUCACUGCAAAUAGAUGUCUCCGUUCAUUAUAGAAAUACACAAUCUCUUUCUCUAAUACUAUUAUUGUUAUUAACAUCCUGUCCCAUUGCCUCUUUACAGUGCCCAACAAGAUGCUAUUUUUGAACUGGUCUCCAUGGCCUACAAUGUUGCAAUUUGGCACACCAAGUUUGCCUCAAGACUUGCAGGAAAGGAAAAGCAAGUGUUUACUUUCUGCGUUACUAAUUUAUUAUCAUACAAUGCAUCUGGUUAUGCAAAUUAGGUCAUUUAUGACCAUGAUGUCAAUUCACACUCAUUCUAUUUACAUAUACAUUUUGUAAAGGGUACACAUUGACAUUGUAAUUUUCACCCCUUUUCAGUGUAAAAGAGGUAGAUGCAAAAGAUGUCCACAGGAGCCUGAAAUUUGCUGCUGGGAUUUUCAAACACCUCAAGGUGAUUAGCUCAUAUUGUCUCUGUAUUAUAAUAAUAAUAAUAAUAAGACAUUUGAUUUUAAGCAUUUUAAGAGAUAAUCAGCAAGUUAAAAAAGCACACUGAUAAACCUAUCAAAUAUGGUUCCUAUAUUGGCCACUUUACAUUAACCUCAACACAUGGUGAACAAUGUGAAUACAUUACAGUAUCAUCAACCUGAACACAAGCCACUGGUUGUUGGUGCAUGGUUGUGUUUAGCAGCAGACUCAUUCUCCUCUCUGGUCUCUCCUCUUUAGGAGGUCCACAUCCCCCGCCUCAUCACCCCAGCAGAGAAGGGCCGAGACCUGGAACCCAGAGUCAUCGACACCUACAUAGUCCAGUGCCAAGCAGAGGCACAGGAAGGUAGCUACACUGGACCCAGCCAACUUCUCUAAAUAAUGAUUAGGGUCAGGAGCUGACAAUGUGACUUGGCCAGGGAAACUUCUGGGGCCUUAGGGCAAACUCAUGGCCCCAUGUAUUAGUGUGUAUGUGAGAGAGGCAGAAUAGCCUACUUAUGAAAGUGUUUGCAAUGAAUAUGAUAUUAGCAGUUAUUAACCUAAUUUGUAUUUAUUUUUGCAGUGACGAUUGCCAGAGCGAUUGAGCUCAAGCAUAACGCCACUCUCAUUGCAGCCUUGGCCUUCGAGACUGCAAACUUCUACCAGAAAGCUGGUUAGUAUUUAGGCCUGUCCUGUCACUUCCUGACUUUGUUGCAUUUUUUAAAUGAUCUUAAAUUGUGUUGGAAUGUCUGGAUCUAACCACUGUUGGUCCUCCUGAUCACUCAAAUGAAUGUUAUCCUCUCUAUCUUCCCAGACCACACACUGAACACCCUGGAGCCAGAGUGCAGCAGUAAGUGGAGGAAGUACCUCCAGCUGAAACAGCACUUCUACAUGUCCUAUGUAAGUCCUUGAGCAGUUCUAGACAGUUGAGAGAAAGUCUUUGUUUGUUUGUUUUUGACUGUUCUGUAAAUACUACGUUUCUAAUUAUGCUUAUGCCCUUCAUUUGUCAUUUUCAGGCAUACUGCUACCAUGGACAGACUCUCCUCGCUAGUGACAAGUGUGGGGAGUCAAUAAGAUCUCUCCAAGAGGCAGAAAAGUGUUGGUAUUUCUGUUCUAGAGAUAAUACAUAAUGUUUUGCCUUUUUGAAGCACUAAACAGAUGUCUCUUCAUCUUAACAAGUGUAAAUACUUACAGGUCUUGCUUACUGUGUUUAGGCUACUCCAGAGCCGAGGCUCUGUGCAAAGAGUACCGUCAGACCAAAGGGCCGGGUAGCACGGCCAAGCCCUCUGAGCAGCUCUUCUUCACCAAGCUGGGUGGCCUGAUCAAAAAUACCCUGCAGAAGUGCGAGAGAGAAAACGGAUUCAUGUGAGUCAACACAUACACACAGAGACACACACACCCACCUUCAGAAGAACAUUGAUUUGUGUAGAGUAAAUAACAGUAAGCAAUUGUAGCAUUUAUACACAAGUGUUUCAUUUCUCCAGAUACUUCCACAAGGUCCCAGCCGAGGCGCCCCAGCUGGAGCUGAAGGCCAGCUAUGGCCUGGCCGAGCCAAUCUCCUUUGAGUUGCCAGCCCUCAGCGAGCAAUGCACCCCUGAAGUCUACGCCACCUUUGACCUCACCAAGGGGGCCAAAGACGAGAAGGUAAUGCUGGUCAGCCAUUUGGCACUGAAACAAAUAUAACUUGGUUACUAUAGUUUUUGUGCUCUGAAUUUGUUUUGAAGUUAUGUCUUCACAUAUUUUGUCUUGUUACUGAUAAUAAUCAUAUAAAGACACUGAUAGGGUUUUGUUCAUUUGCUUGUCUGGGACAAAAGGUUUCACAUUUUUCCCCCUCACUAUUUUGAUUUCAGGCCAAACCAAAGCGGGAAGAAGAGGUUAUUAAGCCAAUGAAGGAGCCAGAUUUGAAGCCCCAGAAAGAUACAGGCUGCGUCAUCUCUUAAAAAACAGUCAAUUUCCGUUCCAUGAAAAGUAAACCAUAGGAAAAGUCCUUGUUGUUUCUUUGAUUUAUGGUCAAAUGUUUUACAUUAUGAUGAUAUGCAGUGCUACCAAGCCAGACAAUAUUCAGUCAUUGAGUAUAAAAUUGCCUCAGAGAAAAGGUUAUUGGUGAUGGGGGGAUAACAUAAUAGAUAUGGGAGGAGAAAUGUUAAUCAACAAGGAAUGGAAGAAAAGCAUGGAUUUAUUCAUGCAUUGGCUUGUUUUAUCUGUAGUGUUUUAUGGUCAGUGAUUUACAGUAGCAUCAUUUUAUACGUAACUGUUUUCUUUUAGAUAAAAUAUUAUUGGGUCAAACUUACAGCUGAAUUGUUCUCACUAGUGCUGUUGGGGAUUUUGUUAAAAGCCCCCGUCAUAUUGGAUCUUUAUUUAUUGCUCUCAUUUAAGAAACUGACAAAUCAGAUAGUAAGAACUUAUAACACUCCAUGAUGAAUAUCCAAUCAUUUGAACAAAUCGUAUGUUUUCAAUUAUUUUAUUUUUCUGUCUCUUGAGAUUCUCUAAUUUAAUUUAAUCACAGUUUUCUUGCAACUGAAAGGACACUCCUGUACAUACAGUAUCACAUUAUUCAUACUCUCUCAAGACUCUCCAUUGCUGGGUAGGGCCUGUAUUUAUCAUAAUAACCAUUGUGAAAUAUUUGAGGACAAGGUGGUGCUUGUCUUGGGUCAUAAUAACCAGAACAAGGCCAGCUGUUCAGUAGGAACAUGGAACAACAUCUGGGAAGCACUCAGGAGAGAGCAAUGUGCUGAAUGUUGCAGAUAAUACAUGUAAUUCAUAAAGCUGACAUGAGCAUGCCUGUUCUACUCAAAAUCUUUGUCUGAACGUUCCAUAACAUUGUGCCCUAUGGAAGGCAAUUGUAGGUCUUCCUCUGAUCUCAGAAAACUGUUUUAAAUAACCCAGACUAGUGGCCAUGGUUGCUGUUAAGACUGAUUGAUGAGCGCAGGAACAAUAGAAUAAUGGUUCAUUAAGAAAAAUUUAAAAAUGAUGUCAAUCAUAACCUGCUCAAACCAUUUCAGUAAAGGGAGUAAUGCUGUACUUUGGCACAUGGUCUUACACAUGAAAAACAAUAUAGAAAGAAGUAGCCUAUGUAUGUAAAUCUAUCAAAUUCAUUACUCAUUUUCAUUUUAUCUGUAAAUGACAACGAUAUACUCCAUAUGUAUGCAUUACUGUAGCUUUCAGAGUACUGAUUCACCAUCAUUUCCUAACAGUUGUUUUUGAGAACUAAUGACAACUAGCCUCUUCUGAGGCAGUACAAUAGGGGGACAAGUAACCUCCAGUAUAGUAUACUAAUUUGCCAAUCAAGGAAGACCAUUUUGCAUUCUUUCUGUGCAACCUCAGAGCACAUUUUAGUGCCUUUACAUUUUAAAUCUUAUUAGUCACACAGAUGUCAGAACUCAGUGUAGAUGUACUGUAUCCAGCUCUAAAUUAUAAUUAAAAUAACAUAUUAGGCUAUACGUUAGCUUUACAAGCCCUUUUUAUUCUUGGAACAAUGGAUUUUCACAUUCAAGGACCAAUAUUUAUUUUAAUUAACACAUGAAUGUAGUUUGCUGUAUCAUAAUGUAUACACAAGUCUCACAUUACCCUUCUUCUAAUGGUGUCCUUCAUUGAAAAUGUGUUUCAAAUGGAAAUAAAAACAUCAAGAAACCUGAA